AUGUUCUUUUUUUUUGUUUUUUUUUCUUUCCUUUUCUCUGCUAACCAUUUUCAUAUUAAUUUCUCUCUCUCUAUCUCCCUCUCUCUCUCUCUUUCUCUCUUCUGUCUCUGUUUUCUAAUUUUUUCUUUUCUUUUUACUUUUUCCUUCGCUACCAAGUUUUUCUUUUCCUCUAGUCUCUACUCUAUGUCUCUCUCUUUCCUCAGUCUUGUUUAUCACUGUCCCCUCUUUAUCAAUCGAUUUCUUUCUCUCUCUCUCUCUCUCUCUCUCUCUUCCCUAGCCUUUAUGUCUCUCUCUCUCUUUCCUAGGAUCUGUGUGAUUCUCUUUCCUAGCGUCUGUGCUUCUCUUCCUCUCGUCUCUCACUCUCUCUUUACAUUGUUCUGUCUCACUCUCUCUCUUUCUUCACGCCUAUUUCUCUCUCUCUCUCUUUCCUUCUGUUUUUCUCUCUUUCUCUUUUUCCUUCAGUCUGUCUGUCUCUUUCCUCUCGUCCCUCGCUCUUUCCUCGCCUCUCCCUCUCUCUCUCUCUCUCACUUUCCUCUUGUCUGUCUGUCACUCUUUCCUCUCGUCUCUCUUUCCUCUCCUCUGUGCGUCUCUCUUUCCUUCCCUCUCAGUGUCUCUCUUUCCUCCCCUCUCAGUGUCUCUCUCUCGCUCUUCCCUCUCCUUUUUUAUGUCUUUUUUUCCUAUCCCCUCUCUCUUCCCUAUCUUUACACACGUUCUACUGUCUCUUUCUUUUCUUCGCUCUCUCUUUAUCCUUUCCUCUCUAUUUUCUCUCUUCCGUUCUUCUCCCUUUCUUUUCCCCUCUCUCUUCUCUUUCCUUUAUCUCUCUUUUCUCCCUAA